AUGGAUAUGGAGACACCAACUUUGGAUCAGGAUGAGUACAGUUCUGAUGAAGAGGACACUUGCCUCGCAGAUUGCUAUGAUGGCAAUGGGGCUAUUAUAGCUGACAAAUUGAUUGGGUUGCUGCAGCGGGAAGAUGACUUGGAUGAUGCCGAAGAGUCCAUGCUACACGCUUUGUACCAUGACGCUGGUGAGGAGGAUCAGUACACUGAUGUUGCCACUGCUGGUCAUUCUGUACAAUCCCAAUCCAACACAAAAAGGCAAUGUACCCCAAGAAAAUGCAAAUCCAUUAAGCCCUAUUACUUUGAUGCCCAAGGUCGUAAGGUAACCCUCCAGCCCAAGCAGACAGUAUGGUAUUACAUGUACGUGGCAUCGCCAACAAUCGACUGUACCAAAUGGCACAAGAAAUUCAGAAGACGUUUCCGUAUGCCCUAUUCAGAAUUUCUCAGCUUGUUCGACAGAUUAGAAACCCAUACCGACUACUUUGGUCGCUGGCAAUCAAAAGAUGCUGUUGGAAAGGAGUCUUCACCUCUGGAAUUAUUGCUCUUGGGAGCCCUUCGGUAUCUUGGCCGUGGUCUUACAUUUGACGACCUUGAAGAAUACACAGCAAUAAACGAGGAAACCCAUCGCCAAUUUCUCCACAAGUUUAUCAAGUUCGGGGCAGAAGUUCUGUAUCCACUCUAUGUGGUGAUGCCACGAACUGCAGAAGAGCUUAAGCCCCACAGAAAGGAGUACAACACAGGUGGUCUCCAUGGCUGUGGAUUCUCUACCGAUGCAACAAACGUUGUUAUGUGGCGAUGCUCCCACAACCUGAAACAAGCGAACAUGGGUUUCAAGCAGAGCCACCCUGCACGCACUUACAACCUCACUUGCAAUCACCGCCGACAGAUCCUGUACACAACCAAAGGCCAUCCUUCUCGCUGGAAUGACAAGACCCUUGUACUGUUCGAUGAAUUCCUCACAGGCCUUCAUGAAGGAACGAUUCUGUCUGAUGUCACGUACCGGUUGUACUCCUGGGAAGGCGAAGCUGGCAACUCGCAAGUGGAAUACGCUAACUACAGUGGAGCAUGGGGUCUUGUUGAUAAUGGAUACCACAAAUGGGCAUGCACUCAAGCUCCCACGAAGACAAGUCUCUUGCGUUCAGAGGAGAGAUUGAGUGAGUGGAUAGAGUCCUUCAGAAAAGAUGCAGAGUGUUGCUUUGGCAUUCUGAAAGGAAGAUUUCGAGUUUUGAAGACGGGGAUCAGGCUGGAAGGGCCGGAGGCUGCAGAUCGCAUCUGGCUCACCUGUUGUGCCUUGCACAAUCUGCUACUAAAAGCCGAUGGACUGGACGAAUGGAUUGGUUCGGCCGGAGACAAUCAACUUGAAGAUAUGAGGAGAUAUGCUCCAUUCGCAGUGCAGAGAUUAUCGGAUGAGGCACUACGGAAUUUCGGUAGUCGCAAUCAUGAACAGAUGGCCAGGCAAGAAGAAUCCUUGCGAAGGGGAAUCAACGAACAAAGGGAUGAAGCAAUGGCCGAAGACGAACGCAACAACCCACCAAUGGACGAUUGCCAUCUCACUCGACAGAAGUACGCGAUGGAUGGCAGCAUUAUUCUUAACUCCCUUACGUACGAUGACUUUCGGAACCGUCUUGUGGAACAUUUUGACAUUCUCUGGAGACGCAACAGAGUAAGAUGGCCGCAGAGAAAGAAUACGUAA